AUGGCGGACGAUGAUGCCGUUAAGGAGGCAGCCAAGCUGCCUAUAGAUGAGCGGGCCACGCACGCCAAUUGGAAAGUCCGCAGCGCAGCGUUCGAGGACAUCAAGAAGGGCGUGGAGCGUGUGUUCAAUGAUGACGACCCCGUGCUUCUGGAGUAUGCCUCGCUCAUGCCCAAGGCGUGCGCGGACGGCAAUGCUGCCGCUCUGGACAAGGCCCUGGAGGCGCUCGUGGUGUUGCUGGGGCGCACCAACGAGCAGCUCGCCGCGCGAAUGGUCAGCGGGUGCUCUCUCAACAUCGUCACAAAGUGCCUGGGCGCGCGCGCCGGGACGGCCGCCAAGGGCGCGGAUUGCCUGAUGGCGUUCAUCGAGGUGGAGUGCGGCGACAAGGUCGUGGCCGCCCUUAUCGAGGGCUUUGGCAACAAGGUCCCAAAGGUGGUCGUCGGCGCGGUGGACGCCCUGCUCCAGGCCGUCCGCGCGUUUGGUGCACGCGCUCUGCCGGCGCAGGUAAUCCUCAAGGCGCUCCCGCCCAUGUUUGAGUCGAAGGACGCCAAGGCGCGCGAGCUGACCAAGCUCAUUGUGGUGGAGCUGGCGCGCUGGAUGGGCCCCGAGCUGGUGCGCUCGUGCCUGUUUGACAAGCUGAGGGACGCGCAGAAGGACGAGGUGGACAAGCUCAUCGCGGAGGCGCCCCCUGGCAGGCCGCAGCCCGAGCGCCUGACAAGGAAGGAGGCGGCCAAGCAGGCCGCCAAGGCCGCGGCGGGGCCGCCCGCGGAGGGCGGCGAGGCAGCCGGGGCCGGCGGGGCUGCUGGAGGCGCCAGCGGCCCGGCGGCCGCAGAUGACCAGGAGCCCGUCGACUCGUACGAGUUUGCUGAGCCCAGAGACAUCAUCCCGAGCCUCAAGAAGGACUUCUGGGAGGGAUUGGCCGCCGCAAAGUGGAACGAGCGCAAGGCGGCGCUGACUCAGCUCAAGGACCUCGCCUCCUACCCGCGCCUGGUGGACGGGGACUUUGGGGACGUCAACCGGGAGCUGAAGAAGAUCAUCACAAAGGACAGCCACCAGCAGGUUGUGUCCGAUGCGAUCUUGUGCACGGGCACGCUGGCGAAGGGCCUGCGCAAGGACUACCGCGGCGUCGCUGCCUCACUUUGCUCUGUCCUCCUUGAGAAGUACAAGGACAAGGCCGCGGUGGUGACGCGCGCCGCCGGGGAGGCGCUGACCAGCAUGCACCGCUACUGCUUCACCCUGGGGGACGUCGCCGAGGACAUCGCGGCCGCGCUCGCGCACCAGAACCCCAAG